AUGUCGUCUCAUAAGACUUUCCAGAUCAAGAGAUUCCUGGCCAAGAAACAGAAGCAGAAUCGGCCCAUUCCCCAGUGGAUUCCAAUGAAAACCGGGAAUAAGAUCAGGUACAACUCCAAGAGAAGACAUGGGAGAAGAACUAAGCUGGGUCUGUCAGGAGGCCCCUGGGGGAUGCCACUCACGGGCGCCUUUGCCCAGGCUCACAUCAUGUUGAGUUGCAUUAAGACUUUUGCCACCAUCUGA